AUAUGGGAUAGAUACAAGGUCAUGACGUAGUUGUCAGUACCUCUGGAGAUUCGGGAGCGAACUGUGGUGUCGUCUGAGCGAGGGUUGGUGUGGCAGAGCUCAAGACGUGGUAGAUAUUGUGGUGAAUUGAGAUCGUAUUGGAAUCAGUAGCCGAAUGUAGUAGCGAUUAAAAAGGACGAAUGAUAAAGAGAAGUGUUGAAAAUUAUUGAUACGGUCGUUCGGCGGAUCAUGCGUGACGGUUAGCCGUAUCAAGAGCAAAAGAUAAAGAUGUUAACCUUAAAUAGAUCUCUUUACGAGUACCAGUUCGCAGAAACGACAGAUAGAUAAAAAAAGAGUAAUUACCUGUUGCUUCCACCUGAUAGUCGGCCACAGAAAACCCUUGCGCGGUAAAACAAUGGCAACCAACAUUGACGAACUACUUAGAGAGGCGGAAGAAACGGACUUCGCACUCCCUCCCCAAGAUGAACUCCUGACGCUCCUGGAGACUCUCAGAGACUUCGAACAAGAAGCCGAAAAGAAGCUCAAGGACAUCCGAAUAACACACUGUGAUAAAGAUGAGACAAAAGAAGCCAAGAACGAGGAGAGAGAUGAAGAGGAAACCUGUGAGACAAAUUUCAACGGCGGCGACUCGGCGGCGGAACUGACACUGGCAGAGGUGCGGCGGGAAUUGAUGUCCCUGAAAAGUGAGGGACAGGAAGAUGGCAACAAGGAGAGCAGGAAAGAGAGAAACGUCGCAGUUAAAACAAAACGACAGAAUAAGGAGAAUGGUUCCCCUGAUCCUGAAGACACAGGAGUAUCUAGUGACAUCAAAGACAGAAGUUCCUGUCAACCUUCAAAAGUUAAGUUCGACAUGGAUGCGUUUAACGACGAGCUCGCCAACCUCCUCGCUAUCAGUGGCAGAGCUGUAGAACCUCAUCAGGCACGGAGAGCCACAGCCCGCGACACGCCCAAAGACGUCCCCGCCACGCCCCCUUCCACCCCCUCGCACGCAGACCGCCCUCUCCCCGGCCAGACGCAGGAACCCGCACCUCCUCCGCCCCAGCUGAUGGGUCCUCCGCCUCAGAAACCGCCAAGGGCCAGGGAGCAGCCGCCUCCGAAGCCUCCGAGGACCUUCCUGGCCGCCAGCGACAACCUGAAGCUGCAGACGAUGCCGCUCUCCAAGUCCACGAGCGACCUGGCACGCCCCGGGACGUCCUCCGGGCCUCACACCCCGAGGGAGGGAGACCGCACAGCGUCGCCCGUGACCGGAGAUGACUCCGACUCGGACCACAGGACGAAGACCAACGGGAAAAAGGAAAAUGCCUUCUUCCCUUCGCUCAUGGGCAAGAAAGUCAAAGAAAGGAUUACAACAAUAGGGCGAAGGAAGGCCAAAAGGUCGAAGAGCCUCCUCAUAAGCGACCCGAUGGACUUCAGGGUCCUGUAUAACGGGAUGCUGCCAAAUCAUCGUGAUAACGACAAAGAACAGAUCAGUGUUAGCGAUUCCAAUGACAGUUCGGAGGAAGUUCCCCAAAGUGGCAAAAUUAAGGCGUAAAAUUAACAAAUAAGGAAAAAGACAAUAAGGUCAGAUCAUUUGCAUGGGGUUCGCUGAUACACACAAAAUCAAGACCGAAUUAGAUUAUCAAUAAGGAAAAACAGAUGUUAUUCAUCGUGAAUUAUUGGCUAAAAUGUGUUUGAGAGUCAUGAUAUGAAUAGGAUUUUGAAAAUCUAUUGACUACGCGUUUUGGAAAAAAAUAUAUAUUACUUGAUUA